UUUGGUCAGAAAGUUGGCGAACCUGUAAAUAUUAUAGGUGAAAAGUGUGGUUAUGUAUGCCGACGAAAUAGUUUCUUAAAAAUAUCUGUAUUAUGCUUUAAACUACUUAAUUGAAUAACAAUUCCCUAGAAUAAAAUUAAACAGAAUAAUGAUUGCAAAAAUGAAUUUAUGUAGAGUUAAUAACUCAAGCACUUCAAAACUUAUUAAGGUAAGAAAUUUUGCUUCCGUGCUGCCAAAUGAAGAAUACACAGUCACUCCUCAAUAUCCACCCAUACAAGAUUUAUCGUACUUAAAAAGAUUAGAAAGAAGGCAUGAAGAAACCAGGGAAAGCAUUAAAGAUGUAAAGACAGUAGAAGAAAAGCAAAUUAGGUUAAAUAUGCCUAAAUAUUAUGGUUUUAAAUCAUAUAUCUUAUCUGAAGAUUAUAUACCUUACAACAACUUACCUUUAAUACAACAUGUUACCAGAACACACCUUAUUGUUGAUAAGGAGUUACCAGAGUAUUAUAGAAGGGUUUAUAUAGAUGAAUUGGUUGGAAAGACAAAAGCAGACAUUGAAGAAGCUAUAUCUAUUGAAGUUGAAGGCCAAAAGAGACUCCAUGAAGUCAUCAAAGAAGACCUACCAAUUCAUGAAGUUGAGAAUAUUUUCAGUUCUUCAAUAAGCAAACAAAUAAACAGAAUUAUAAUAAAUAAUCUUAAGAAAGCAUAUCCUCAUUUAUUAGAUGUACAGGUUGAUAAUGAUCCAAGAGUUGAAGCAUGCUGGUAUGCAGGAGGAAUGGUGCCCCCAGAAAAUAUUAAACGCUACAGAGAAGGUAGAGAAUGGACAAAGGAGUUCAAAGAUUUGCCUACUGACAGAUUAAUGUCUUACGAGGGUAAAGUUAACCUAAGUUUAAGAACAAAUGCGCCUCUGCCUGCUUUUGUAAAUUAUUCGGAAGCUGAGAACCCCGAUUUUGAUGUGCCAUUCUUUAAGUAUGAUCCAAGAACUGUAGGGACCAAAACUUUACACAAGAGGAUUGUGAAUGUACCAGGAUUCUGGCCUGGCGAUCCAAACCAAUUUGGCAUUUUGUCCUACCAUCCAAGGGGUCACCUCCAUACCAGGGAAAGGUUUAACGAUCCUCAAGAACAUAAAGAAGCUCUACAUAGACAAGGCAUCCUAGCAUCUUUUGCCUGGCUUAGCGCACAAGCCAACUUCCUUGGUUUUAACACAUUUAACGACAUAACCUACCCAUUGGCGAAUCAAUUGGUAAUCACCAAUGGUCAGACAUGGUCUUUCUAUGCUUACCAACUAAAUACCAUGUUGAUGCAUGGUAAGUAUAUUGAAAAAAAUCCCAAAAAGAAUAUUUGCUGGGCCACACCUGAGUUAAAGUUAUAUGACAAUAUAAACAAUGGUAAAGUGGAGGGUUUCAAUGAUGAUGUCUUGAAAGUAUUACUGAAAUUUUAUGGUAACAAGCCUGAGAAACGCCUAGGCUUAAAUAUGACACCGUAUUUGCGGCACAAAGAAAAAUUAGUUGCUGAUUAUGAGGACGAUGAACAACGCGAAUGGCUUGAAAGAGAGUAUAAAUUUUUAGUAUCCAAUAGACCAAGAUUAGUCGAGAUGGAUGAGAUGUACCACUGGGAGAAGAUUUAUAAGAAAGAUCACAAAACAAGGUUUAUGGACAAGAAAUUAAGACCAUUUGAAUUGCUUAAGAAACCUCAAGACAGAACAUUAAAUGACAGGCUAGGCAAAUAUAUACCAAGAGCUUUAAGACCAGGUCUUCCCAGGAAUAAGGGUAGAAGGGCUAGGGAAUUUUGGCCUUAAUGGUUAGAUAAUUUUGUUAUUUAAUAAAUUUGUAAAUAAUACAUUUUUAUUUACGUACCUUACCUGAAUCUAGUUUUUUUUCUUUAAUUUCAUAUCCUACAUAAGUUUAUUUAACAGUUAUUGUAUUAUCUUAAUUUUGUAAAUAAUAAAAGG